UGAUAUAAUUUAGGUCGACUUACUCGGGGAUCUGUUGGUAAUGUCUGGUGCUUCGGUAUUCCAGCUUCCGGGUUUAGGCAGCUGAUCGCUGGCUGACUGAUUGAAUACUGAAUUCUGCUUUGGUUACAUUUGUUGAAAGUAAUGAGUUGUGAAGAUUGUAACCCUGCAGCCACACCCACCCCCUGUCAGGACAUACAGGGAGACGGCCGAUGGAUGUCAUUGCACAAUCGCUUUGUGACAGACAGUAAAGGAAAAGAGCCCGAUGUUCUGUUUGUUGGAGAUUCACUCGUACAGCUUCUGCAUGAGUUUGAGGUUUGGCGAAAACUGUUUUCUCCUCUUCAUGCCUUGAACUUUGGACUUGGUGGAGACGCUACACAGCAUGUACUAUGGAGACUCAGCAAUGGGGAACUGGACCACAUCAGCCCCAAAGUGGUUGUAUUAUGGGUGGGCACUAAUAAUCAUGGUAACACCCCAGAACAGAUCUGUGAAGGCAUCAUGGCUAUCAUCAAUGUGAUCCAUAAGAAGCUGCCACAAGCUCACACCCUUGUAUUGGGGGUGCUGCCGCGAGGUAAGAAUCCAAACCCACUUCGUGAGCGUAACGCGAGCGUGAACACACUAGUACAGACUGAGGUGGCAUCCCUGUCUCAUGUCUCAUUUCUGGAUGUGGAUCCUGGGUUCGUACAGGCAGAUGGUUGCAUCUCACAUCAGGAUAUGUACGAUUAUCUGCACCUCACACCACAGGCCUAUCAGAAAGUGUGCCCACCCAUACAUGAGCGCAUCAAGUCCCUGUUAGAAAAAUAGGUUUCUUUAAAACAAACACAAAUAUACCCACCCUACCUGCUCAUUAGCGUGUCGUCACGCCCUGGGUGCCCUACAAAACCCUCGGGAAAGUCACGACACAGUGUCACAUGCUUUUUGUCAGUACAAGUUACUAUAUUCUUCAUAUUACAAAAAAAAACAUCUUUGGAUUUAUUCUUUAUAUGCAAAUGGUUAGUACAUUCCAAAGCUUUGCACAUACAGUACAUUAAUAAGACUGCUUUAGCAAAGUGUAUUAUAAAGUUUAAUGAUAAUCUGUAUGACUGCUGAUGUGUAAUGGAUAUUAAAGCAUACAUAAGGGCUACAUGCUGCUGUCAUUGCUUGAAGUAUGUCUUGUGACGUUUGUUUAGGAAACACCGACCUGUACAGUGAAUAAGCAUUCUGUGUUGAGUUAUUAUUAAAUUGAUAACUCAGAUCUCAGUUACUACACCUCCACAAUACUUCGCCAUAAGCUCUUCUCAGAACAGGGUAGAUGCUUAAAGAUUCAUGCCUUGACUCAUAAGAUAAACACUUUUUGCUGGAGAUCUGUUGUGGUAAACAUUAAUUUACCAUUCUUGACUAUCUCUAUAAUUUUGUACUCUUUAUCAUUUUUAUUAUGUCUGCUUUAUGUCUUUGUUUUGUUAAUGUUGUGCUUUGUCUUUGAAAGAUUUACAUCAAUGAAAUUGUAAAAUCUUGAAAACAAGUAGUGGAUGUGCGCAUUCAGGAAGUUAAAUUUCAUCUGUAUUUAAUUUCUAAUUUGCCGAGAAUUCAAAUUGUAUGGGGAUGGUCACUUUAUUUGGCUAGUUACAUGAUCAUGACUACAUAUAUUGUUUAGUAUGUUUUUCUGUCCUGGUGUGUAUUCAUACUUGUCAUUUCUUCCUUAAAGGUGUUUGUGAACAUUGUAAUCUUGCAGUGAUCGAAUGAUGGUCUUGAAAUUGCAUCCCAAUGUCGAUUGAAGUCAAUGUAGUAUGAAAGUACAGUCUGGUACUGUGAUAAACCUUGUUACAUUGUAUAAUAAGAUCUUGUGUCAGAAUGGUGAAAUAAAACCUGACAAACCAGCUGAA